CAUUAGGACCGAGGACAACAGGGAUUUGCAGCCGUUUCUGUUUUGUCCUGUUUGCUCCGACUAAUAUACGUCCUGACUCCUUGUCAUGAGCCCCAGUUUUAGCCACAAUGCCUGUGUUUUACUCGCCGGGCCCAGAGAACCUGCAGAUGAGCCUGGCCUACAUGGGAGGCUCAGUGUUCACAACCAACAAGACGGCAAACAGUGACUUCAGCAGGGAGCAGGAGGACGCCUCAGUGGUCGACGAGUUGGUUUCUCACCUUCCCCUUCAGAUGUUGCUUUACUUCAACGUGUUUUACUUUCCCUGCUGGUGGUUUUCUGCUGUGUUCAUGCUGGAAGUAAAGUACUACUACCUGCCCGGGUACUACCAGGCUCUGCUGAUCACCGGACUGGUCCUGAUAACGAUCAUCGAAGUGAUCCGGCUUCAUCUGGGCUACAUCGGCAACCUGAAGGAGAAGGUGCCAGAGCUGGCAGCCUUCUGGCUCCUGUCUUUCAUGUUCCAGCUGCCGGUGCUGCUCUUCUUCGUGACUGAUGAAGGAAUCAUCAUCCUGCCCCUGGAGAGAGCCGUGCACUCCAUCUACCUCGCUCUGCUGCUUGCCCAGAUCCUGGCUUCUUUCUUGGCUCUCAGGACCAUGACCCGAAAGCUCACCCUGCUUUUCUAUCUGCGCCAGAUUGGCAAGGUGGAGAGCCUGCACCAACGGGAGACGAGUCCCGUCUAUGGGCUUCCCUACAACCGCAGCGUGCUGCCCGUUUCACCGGCUCAGGAUGUUUACCAUUAAUGACAGGGAUAAAUAUAUUUAACUAUCAAACCAUUUCUAUAUUAAAUGUCUCCAACAUUUCUGUACAUUUGUUCAUGCCAGCCGCCUGAUAAAGCAUAAAAAAAGGAGAUUCGCCAUAAAAACAAUUUUAAUUUAAGUAAAAAUAAAAAUCAAGAUCGUCGUUCAUUUUAUUAUUGCAUUGCUUUCAGUGUUUUG